AAGGGGGAAAAAAAGUCUUCAGUGGUGCUCAGACUAGCUAGUGUCUCUCAGCUCCCUGAAAAACGCUGUGAGGUUUUGCCAGUGACAAGUAAACUCAUGAAAGAAACCGGGUGACGGACAGUUUUAAAGCUGGACUUGUGCUGCUCUUUUGUUUUUCGCUGUAAUUGUGUUUUUUAGAGAUUUUAAACUGGUUGGUUUGUGACGCGUAGUCGCCGGGAUUUCCUCUCAUCUCGAAGUUCCCAAGAUGAACUUCGGUCCGGUGGUCGGGAAACUUUCUGUGUUUGCGGCAGUGCUCCUCAUUGGGCUGGUUUGUCACGCAGCAGAACCUCCAGCAUCUCAGUGGUCCAGCGAUGACUACACAAACAAUAACCUCACUCUUCGACGACACAGGACAUGUGUUGAGAAUGUGCAGUACCUCCACCAGGGACUCUGCUGCCUCAAUUGCCAGGCUGGAACCUUUGUGCAGAAGGGAUGUGAAAGAGACCAAGAACAAGGGGCAUGUCUUAGCUGUGAGCACGGACAGACCUACACAGAGCACUCCAACGGAAUGAACCGCUGUUUGCCCUGUACACACUGCCGCUCAGAUGAGAUUCAAACUGCAUCCUGCACCACGACUACAGACACCAGGUGCCAGUGCAGAGCAGGGACCUUCUGUGUCCCAGAUCAGGCCUGCGAAGUGUGCAAACGCUGUGCCAAGUGUAAAUCAGGAGAGGAGGAGGUGAAGAAGUGCACUCCGUUCUCUAACACGGAGUGUCGGAAACGGGAUCCGUCCCCAACCGAAACCUCCCCAGCCCUUCCUUCACCAACCCCUACCUCCGCGGACAUUGUUUAUCCUAUAAUCAUUUCCCUGGGCUUCAUCUUCUUCAUCAUCAUCAUCAUCAUCAUUAGCGCGGCUGUGUGGUGGUUCGUAAUCAAGCAGCGUUCAUGGGAAAUACCAUGUUCAAAGAGCCACUGUGAUUCCAGUGAAAUUGUGAAGAUUCCCAUUGAUGAGAAUGGAGCUACAGCGGAGGAGAGACAGAACAAUCAGAACGCAGGUUUGGAGGGGGAAGUGUCUCGCCCAGAGUCCCGGCCCCUGCUGCAGGAGACCCAGUCUGGCAUGACCAAAGCCUCCCCUCCCCUCGAAGAUGAGGACCGAGGACUAGGAGACAGUUUGCCCAACACCACUAGUUCGUCUCAAACUAGCCUGUCGGCCCUGCCCACGGCAGUUUUCUCUGGUAACACCCCACAGCAGAGCCCCAUAGCCAUCAGACCGCCGCCUGCAGACAUGGAUGAUCCUUUGCUACAUCGCUUGGUGCCACUACAAGGGUCAGAAAGAUCCCUGAAGAAGAGCUUUGAUUUGUUCGACGAGUACCUGGACGUGCGGAUCCAUAAUAAGUUUUUCAGAAUGAUUGGAGUCAGCGACAACCACAUUCGGAUUGCGGAGAAUGGAGCCCCCGUCGACAAAGUGUAUGAACUGCUGAAGAACUGGAUGCAGAGGCAGGGCCUAAAAGCCGACAUCAACGACCUGUUAGAGACUUUGCUAAGUAUGGACCAGCGGCGCUCGGCUGAGAGCAUCGCCUCCGCAGCCCUGCAGAGAGGCUACUACAAGCACGCAGACGCUCCCUGAAGCUGAAGUAACGGGGACUGCAAAUGAAGCAAACACAAAAUACUUAACACAAGAAAAACUAAAAGCACACAGACACUGUCGGUGGACAUUGUGUUACGAACGGGGCUUACCUCUCUGUGGCGGACUGGCCACGUAUCCAAAAGCCAGUAGUUUUUAAAAAGAAAAAACACAAAAAGGGGAAGGUCGAGUUGUAUUUAUCAGAGCUCUGAACAUGUUGACUACUUGCCAAAUGCGGAGGUGUAAUAAUGAAAAUGAAGAAAAAGUUCCGUGGUCAAAUUGAACAACCUUUCCGCCAAAGACAACCAGUGAUAAUGUGUUCUCAAAGAGCAGAUUAACACCAAGGUGUCAGCGUCCCCAGGCAGAAACGGCUGCAUGUUUCAGGCUCCAAUGGAGAAACAUGCAUCUAAAUACUGAAAGCUUAGAAGUCUCUGGGCGCGUGUCACACAUCUGGUCCUCUACCCAGAUCACAAUACACUACCUGGAGACGAGGAUAUACACUGGUUUGGAGUGGCAUUAGCUAUGCCGCUAAUACUGUGCCUCUUUGAUGCACUGACCUCUGGCACAUGUAGUAUUUAAAACAAUGCUAUAUUUGUUCUUUUAUAGAUUUAGGCUUCUCUGAAACCUUAUGUAAAAGUUCAUGAACAUUUUCUUGACUAAUAGUAGGAAAAUAUCGUCUAUUUGUUAUGACGGUCAAUCUGUAGCCUUACUAAUAAGUUUUACCUCUUCAGUGCCAUUUGAUCAUCUAAAUGUAUUUAGCUAUCAUGAUUUCAUUAUGUUCAUAGAGCGUAAUGAUUCAAAAAUUUUGUAGAUUUUGUACAAUCAAGUCACAUUGGAGAAAUGUUUUCAGUCUUUGACGUCCGGCCUUUUGUGUGUUCAGUGUUAACACACACACACACACACAACAUUAUAGAAGGACUUUUACAAGUUUCUUUCUGUUGGAACAAUAGUUCAGGCAAAUGUUUCCAUGGAGAACUUCAACGGUCAUUUUUAUUUAUUGACAUAUUUAUUGUAAUGAAUAAUAAUUCACUUUUAUUAUUUAUACCAUUACCAAAACAAAUGACCCUGGAAAAUAAUCAUGCGCUGUAUUUGUGUUUUGAUAACCUUUAGCUUCAGGGCAAAAUGACUGACAACAUUUUCAAGGUGGGGUUGGAACGUUGUGUUUACUUAAACGUUGUUUAUGCUUGCCCCACUGUCUGGUCUACUCUAUCAAUGUAAUGUGUUAUGGGGGCUUCCAUGAUGCUAAAUGCCGAAUGUGUCAUUUCAAAUCGGCGAUGAGGUGACGCCAAUCUUAGAAAAUGAGAAUUGUCGUGUUGAGUCCAAGUGUUAAAGUGAACCGACUGAACAAACACUCCUCCUGCACAUGACCGCGGUGCAGGUACCCAUUGUUUUGACUUGGUUAGACUCAGACCAGAUGAAGGAUACCUUCUUUCUUUUUUUCUGGAUUUAAGAAGAAGCUCAGAUUUAUUUUCCUCAUUCUGCCACAUGUACAGUACAUACAAAUUCAGUCCAGAGAGCACUGAAGCCUCACAAAGUGUAUAUGUGUAUAUAUGCAGCUCUAUUAACAAGCCAAAAAUGAAUAUAGAAAAGGUAUGAAGUCAUUAGGAACAACAGAAACACCAACCACAGUAGUUGGCUGUUGAGGUUGUGACAUUUUAAACUAGAUUUUGCCCAUUUUUUUUCUGCAGUCUCCUAUGUAAAAAGGAAAGAGUUAUAGAGUUAUAUAUUAUUGCUGAAGAGCGACGCUACAGUGCUGGCACUGCCAUCUAUUGACAGACAAUGAAACUACAGCCGGCAUCAAUAUCUAGGGAUCCUAUCCCCCCCCCCUCUCUCACCUCACAUUCUCCCUUCAACUCUUUUUAGACAUUUUUCAACUUUUUUCUUUUCUUCUUCUUUUAAAUGUUCCUCUUGGCCUUUUCUGAAGUAGCAUAGCAGUGUAUGUGCUUCAGUGCAUGUUAUGUUCAAAGUUCUCUUUUUUUUUUUUUUACAAUUUCUGUGUUUUACAUAUUUUCAUUGCAAGUCCUAAGCUGCUCAAUUAACUUCCUUUUUAACUUGUGUUAAAACGUCUGUUUGCCGUUACGUCAUUUCCCCCUUAGUUAUUGUUUGCUUGUCAUGGAUUUCAGAUAUAAAUUAUGCAAAUACAUCAAAGCUCUUUUUAUGUCAAUUUCAAAUAAAUGUUUUGUACAGA